CACACGUAAGGGUCAAUUCACCAUGAGCGCCAGCAACAUAAAUAAGAAAAAACGAAAGGCGCCUUCCAGACCACAUCCAACGCCUCCGGAAGUCGUGGACCAGGAAAUAGCAGUGCCAGCGAAGAGGCGCAAAGUUGCCCCAGAAGGGGAUCCCGGGUCGGGCCCCAAAACUCCACUACUGCACGGUCGCGCGAAGACAGUAAGUCAGGCGACCACAGGGAACAGCAAACUUGGGGCCAAAAAGCAGAAGAACAAGGUGGAGAAAGUGGAUAAGGGUCCAAAAACUCCAAACCGAAAGCCACCUGUCAGCGGAAAGCAAGAAGCAAAUGCCCCUACUUCAGCAAAGGCCCGCCCCUUAUCCAAGAUAAUUAAAUUAACUCCGAAUCGCCCGUUUCCCAAAGUUGCGCCCUCAGAAAGUGCCACAGGACCCCUCUCGAGCAGGGAAAAAGGCAAGAACCAUAUUUGUGUCACUCGACGUGUAGCGCUUGGUGCAUACCUUCGACGGUGCGUGGAACUCAUUAAGGUCGAUGGGUACCGUACAAUUAUAAUACACGCUAUGGCAGCAGCUAUCCCGCAUGCAACUUUAUUGUCUACUUCGUUACCUUCCAUGCUAUCCUUCAAGCCUUCUGACAUCCAAACCACCGUGAAAACGGACACGACGGAGUGCAUAGACGAAAUUCUGCCUUCAAGUGUCGAUCCAGAAGUGGAGGACGAAGACGAUGAGGGAGAAACAAGGACUCGCCGAAAGAGUUCAUUGACGAUCGUGCUGAAAAUUGGGGAUGGUGUCAAGGUUAACAUCAAACCGAGUGGCGUAAAAAAAUAAGCUUUUUACCUAUAAUUGCAAACUUAACCCACCAAUUUCCGUCUAAUUAUAAUAACUCCGCCAUUCAGAUUUUUUUGGAGAUCAGGG